AUGCGACGACUGCGAGACCCAGCCACAUCGUACGAUGUUCUUCGUGAUUUUGGCGCAUCAUAUGCAACUUACCCAAAGCGAGUUUCUGCAGUUUACUUCGAACGAUUAGCGAACGCUCUAAAUCAAACCGCUACCCAGGUUCAAGAGCAUGAUCAUCUUAGCGUGGAGAAAGCACCAAGUCGAGAGGAUGAUUCAAAUUCCAGUGAAGGAGACAAAUCUUUAAAGUCACUCCCAGAGGUGGAAAAGCUCAGCGUGCUGGAUGAGACUGCGGUAUGUUCAAUUUCACUAUAA